GUGGCCUCAGUAAUGGAGCCACGUUUUAAUUUGUUAUUUGACUUGGCUUUCAGAAGAAAAACGAAAAACGUCUUAUUUAAGCGUAUCAGUUCAGUUCUAGAUUUUCUUAUAAGCUAACUUGUUUUCUAUGCACACUUUAAUUAGCAUCUAAACUAGCCUUAGCAGACUUAGAAGCUAACUUACUAGCCUUGGUUGAUUUUAAAGAACUAAAGGUAACUUAUGCACAUUAUCUUGCUAACACAGACGUAGCAGGUAGCUGUCAAUGUGCACGAGGCCUGGUUCGGGAGAUGCAAGCUACGGCUAGGUUGGUUGCAGUGGCCUUCCCUAUGGGUGUGCUGCUUUCCAGAACGAUGGCGUGGAUCCACAGCGGCAAGACAAAUUCAGAACUUAUCGGUAGACUGCGUGACCAUGGCGUGAUCAAAUCUGAUCGUGUGUUUGAUGCCAUGCUGGCCACCGACCGAGGGAUGUAUUCCAAGGACUACCCAUAUGUAGAUUCACCACAGUCCAUAGGAUACAAGGCCACAAUCAGUGCUCCACACAUGCAUGCCCAUGCCUUGGAGGUCUUGAGUGACAGGCUUACAGAGGGGGCCUCUGCGCUGGAUGUGGGUUCAGGCAGUGGCUAUCUGACUGCUUGCUUUGCAAGAAUGGUAGGUCCCACUGGGAGAGUGGUAGGUAUUGAGCACAUAGAUGAACUGGUACAGGAAUCCCUCCGGAACAUCCGGGCUGAUGACCCAGAGCUUCUCACCUCGGGACGCAUUAAAAUGGUUGUGGGUGAUGGACGGCUGGGUUUUCCAGAUGGAGCACCUUACGACGCCAUCCAUGUGGGGGCUGCAGCACCAACACUUCCCAAAGCUCUCCUGGCCCAGCUGAAACCUGGAGGGAGGCUGGUGCUACCCGUGGGCCCAGAAGGGGGCACCCAGGUUCUGGAACAGUAUGAUCGGCAGAGUGACGGCACCUUCUCCAGGAAGUCUCUCAUGGGUGUAGUCUACGUCCCCCUCACCGACAAACAGCGGCAAUGGCCCAGGAGUGAGCGCUGGUGUUGCAGCUCGUGAGUCCCUGACUUCCAGGAGAAGCACAUCACUCCCAUUUCAACCUUCAGUCCAGAGGAGCACAAUAUUUGCAAGCUCUAAGCUGAAGUUUGCUUUACAAUAAUAUUAAAGAGAAUCUCUCUUAUGGCUGUAGGUAUUAUCAGACCAAUUAAUCAGGUUGGUUAAGAUGUAUUUCUUUCAUGAUGCAUUUUAUGUUGCCUUUUUAUUGGCUCACAUUGUAAUGUUGAACAUACUGAAGCCAUAUUAUUUGGGGUUUUUAUUUUAUUCAGGAAUUCUUUGAACUUUUUGAAAAAGAUAAAAACUGAAAACAUUCUUAAGCUAUAGAACAUUGAGAUAUUUUUAGUAAAAACGUAAGACAUUUUUUCAGUCACCUUGCUAGAUUAUAUAAAAGUGUGUUGGCUGAUAAACCUGAUCUGUCAGUGGAAUUUACAAAAUAAAUCCUUCCAUUGAUAUGCUUCUAAGAUUCUCAUCAAAGGAACAUUCUUCAGCAGUUUUGUGUAUAACCAAAUUGGGAAGUUAGUGGUGUGUUCAAAGCACUUGUGCGUCAGCAGAGUGCGAUUGUAUUGUAUGGAUGGUAUUUAAUAUGUAAUUUGUGAGCUUGUAAUUCUACCUUUCCCUAAUAUGGGAGUGAGCAUUUUAUAUUUUUACAGUUUGUAUGAAAUUCUAUUAAAUGUGAGCCAAUUAAUGUUAAUUCUAUAUGUUUGUUAAUAUAUAAUGUAUAUUAAAAAUAAUAUAUUAAGCUCCUACUUUUCAUGUGAACUUACACAUUUAUUAAGAAAAUCUGUGCUGCUUUGGUUUGUAAUGUCCCCUGCAUGCAUGUGGCUGGUGCAACCAGUUGACUACUUAACUGAUUGGCAAUUAUGUUCAACCAAAAAUAAGAAAAGGUGGAUGUUUCUGCAGCUUUGGUUUAAGAAGACUCCCUUUUUAGAGUUGUACGUUUAUGUGUUUUUUGGACUUUGGUUUGGUGGCAAUUUUUCUUAAGGUUAUGGUCCAUUGUAGUUCCCCAUGAGAUGUUGGGGAGGUUUGGCUGUAACAACUUAGGAUUCUUACCUUGAAAAAAGUAUAAAAUAACCAUGCUAAGAUAUACAUACUAUAAGAUUCUCUGGCUUUUGCUAAAUGUGUGCUCCUUUACCUAUAAUUGUUAUUCUAAAAUGUAUUUGGGAUGUUUCUGGGCAUGGCAAUCUUUUCUAACAGAGCAUUUGUAGCUAGUUAGCUACUGCAAUGGAGGAGGUGAAGAAGCAUAAGUACAGCAAAGUGAAACCACAAGCCAACAGAACUCAUUCAAAAGCACAAGAGUAAACCUGGUCAAAAUGGAUAUACAGUGUAAAACAGCAAAAUGGAUUUGAAAUCUAAAAACGGGUGAGUGGGUCAGGUAGAGUAGGGGCAUCUGAUUGUAAACACAGGACCACAAAUGCAUUGUAUUCCUUUUAAUACCACUGUUUAUAGAUGGCUAGUAUACGAUUCCUAAUUAUGUCAAUAUAUACAUAUAGAUUUUGUUGAUCACAGCAUGUUAACAUAAGAACAUAUUAUUGUCACUCAUUCUCUCUCAUACUCAAGCAAUUAUUACCAGAAUGUGAUCAGUAUGAUUGAAAUACAUUCAUUUAGUGCUUAUAAAAUAUUUGCUGUUGUA